AUGGAUAUUCGUUUUGUUGUCAUGCUCGCCUCUACGCUUGCCUCAAAAUCGAGUGAAGUAUACAAAAACAGACGAAGGAUGGAGUUGGAUUGUGGCAGUGGCAGCCAGUUUUGGGACAUUGUUUGUGGGAAUGUCGUACACAUUGUUCUCUCUGAUGUACCAGGAUAUGGCCCAAGCCCUGAAUUCCAGUGCAUCUGUCACUGGGUGGAUUGGUUCAUUGCAUCUGUGUUCCUUAGUCGACUGAUUGAGAAGUUCGGAUGUCGAUUUGUUUGUAUGCUUGGAUCCAUCCUCACAUCACUUGGAUACAUCUUAUCCUAUUUUGCAUCUCACGUCGUCUACAUGUGCCUGUCCUUUGGCGUUCUUGCAGGUACUCAUCGUCUGGCAUCAACAACCUUGUCCAAUCUAAUGAACCUCCAUUGGCCCCCACUUCACAUUCCCGUGUUGUUUAAAAUAGCCGUUAUCGUCUUCAAACUCUCUUGGCGUAAUAAAAUAUUAUCUUUAUUCCCACGUGAAUCUCGAACCGUUUCGUUUUACAAGCUAUCAGGAAAAAGGGUGAAAGAAGUCGAGAGAGAAGCAAAGACAUAA